GAAUGCCCUAUGGAAGCAGGGAAAACUCGUUACUAUACUCAGAAAUUCCAAAGAAGAUUAGAAAAGAAGCCCUCUUGGUGUUGUCUUGGAAGCAGAUGCUAGAUCACUUUCAGGCCACUCCUCACCAGGGCGUAUACUCGCGGGAGGAGGAGCUGCUGAGGGAGAGGAAGCGACUGGGGGUCUUCGGCAUCACCUCAUACGACUAUCAUGCGCAGAGCGGCCUCUUUCUGUUCCAGGCCAACAACAGCCUUUUCUACUGUCGCGACGGGGGACACAACGGUUUCAUUGGUUCCCCCAUGAAGCCAGUGGAAAUCAAGACCCAGUGCUCAGGGACCCGUAUGGACCCCAAAAUCUGUCCGGGGGACCCCACCUUCAUGGCCUUCAUCAACAACAGUGACCUGUGGGUGGCCAGUGUUGAAACGAGCGAGGAGCGGCGACUCACCUUCUGCCAUAAAGGGCUGAAUAAUGUCAAGGAGGAUCCAAAGUCUGCUGGCGUGGCCACAUUUGUGAUCCAGGAGGAGUUUGACCGCUUCACAGGAUACUGGUGGUCUCCAGUUGCCACAGAAGAUGCCGAUGGAGGCAAGAUCCUGCAGCUGCUGUAUGAAGAGGUGGACGAGUCCGAGGUGGAGAUCAUCCACGUGCCGUCCCCCGCCCUGGAGGAGCGCAAGGCCGACGUCUAUAGAUACCCGCGUACAGGUAGUAAAAACCCCCAGAUCACCCUCAAGCUGGCCGAGAUCAGGACUGACCACCUGGGCCGAAUCAUUAGCACUCAGGAGAAAGAGCUAGUUCUGCCCUUCUCAACACUUUUCCCCAAAGUGGAAUACAUCGCUCGAGCCGGCUGGACCAAAGAUGGCAAAUAUGCGUGGGCGGUGUUCCUGGACCGCAGUCAGCAGCACCUGCAGAUGGUGCUACUGCCGCCAGCCCUCUUCAUCCCCGUCAGUGACGACCAAUCCCAGUGGAAAGAGCGUGCCGAGGCCGUGCCCGAGGGCGUCCACCCCUACAUUGUCUAUGAAGAGACAACGGACAUCUGGAUCAAUGUCCAUGACAUCUUUUACCCUUUCAUCCAAACGAGUGAUGACGAGUUCACUUUCCUCUGGGUCAACGAGUCCAAGACAGGCUUUUGUCAUCUGUACAAGAUCACCACCCAGCUGCAGCAGGGCAGCUACCAGUGGGCUAAGGACUAUGCCCACUCCGACGAUGACUUCAAGUGCUCUGUCAAGGAAGAAGUGACACUAACCAGUGGGGAGUGGGAGGUUUUAGCUAGGCACGGAUCCAAGAUCUGGGUGAAUGAGGCAACCAAGCUGGUGUAUUUCCAGGGCACCAAGGACACUCCCCUGGAGCACCAUCUCUAUGUGGUGAGCUAUGACUCACCAGGGGAGAUCUUUCGUAUCACCAAACCCGGGUUCUCCCACAGCUGUUCCGUCAGUCAGACGUUUGACAUGUUUGUCAGCCAUUACAGUAACGUGAGCACCCCUCCCUGUGUGCAUGUCUAUAAGCUGAUGGGCUCCGAGAGUGACCCCAUACACAAGGAACCGGAGUUCUGGGCCAGCAUGAUGGAGGCCUCCAGUUGCCCUGCGGAUUAUGUUGCACCAGAGAUUUUUAACUUCCCUGCAAAGUCAGGGUUUGACCUUUAUGGAAUGUUGUACAAGCCACACAAUCUGAUACCUGGCCGGAAACAUCCCACUAUUCUGUUUGUCUACGGAGGACCCCAGGUGCAGUUAGUGAAUAACUCCUAUAAGGGUGUGAAGUACCUCCGUCUCAACACCCUGGCGUCUCUAGGCUAUGCAGUGGUGGUCAUAGACGGCCGGGGGUCGUGUCAACGGGGCCUCAAGUUUGAGGGAGCUCUGAAGAACAAAAUGGGCCAAGUGGAGAUUAAGGACCAGGUGGAGGGCCUGGAGUAUGUGGCGGAGAAGUAUAAGUUUUUAGAUAUGAGUCGCGUGGCCAUCCACGGCUGGUCCUACGGUGGCUUCCUCUCCCUCAUGGGUCUCAUCCACCGGCCCAACGUCUUCAAGGUGGCGAUAGCGGGUGCACCUGUGACUGUGUGGAUGGCGUAUGACACAGGCUACACUGAGCGCUACAUGGAUGUGCCUGAGAACAACCAGCAGGGCUACGAGGCCGGAUCCGUGGCCCUGCACGUGGAUAAGCUGCCCAACGAGCCAAAUCGGUUGCUCAUUUUACAUGGAUUCCUUGAUGAGAAUGUGCACUUUUUCCACACCAACUUCCUGGUGUCUCAGCUAAUCCGAGCUGGCAAGCCAUAUCAGCUGCAGAUCUAUCCUAACGAGAGGCACAGCAUCCGCUGCCCCGAGUCAGGAGAGCACUACGAGAUCAUGCUGCUCCACUUCCUGCAGCAGCACCUCUGAUGGUGCUCCCACUGACGCCCCUGCCGGGCCCCACUGCUGGGUUUUUGGACUGACGCUCCCCUGCUCCUCCCGCUCCCCCCUGCACCCAUCCCACUUCAUCCCUCACCCCUUAUCCCACCUAUACCCAGAAUCAUCUCUAAUCUCUAUGCCAUCUUGAAAUGGCUGUACAUGCACCCAGUCCUAGUCCCACACUCCCACCCCACCACCCCACGUCUUAUUCCUUUGGCUUUGGCAGGAAGUGAACACAUCUCCAUGCCCACAGGAAGUGAACACAUCAUGCCCGGGUGUAAAACCAGCACCCCACUCUCAGUCCUCAGCCCCCACACCCAACAACCCCCACUGCGCUCGCUUACGCCUCCUUCAGACUUCAGAGGGGGGGGUCUUAAUUCCGGUCCGGAACAGCAUAUACUGCUUUGUCUCUCCCCCAUGGUGUGAAACCAGCAUCUCAAGAAUGCCUGCGCCCAUACCGAGCCAGACUGACGCUGCAGCGUCACACGCGAGAACUGUGUGAAGGUGCCUGGGUCGGAAGGAAGAAAAAGAAACAAAACAAGGAGAAAAAAACGCAAAAGUUUAGAAAACAAAAAGGAUGCGCACAAGUGGAAAUGGAACCUGUUUAGCUUGCUAGCCUAUCAACAUACUGCAUUUGAGUUUUUUGGAUUUUGUUUUGUUUUUUCGUGCCACAUCUAGUCUUUUUUUUUUUUUUGUUCUUUGUUUUUUUUUUUUUUUUUCUCCUCUGGGGAUCCAAUUUAAUUUGCCAAACGUGAUUUCAUUGUUUUUUUGUUCAUGUUUUCCGUCAGUGGCUUACAACAGCACACAAUUGAACACAAGAAGUCUCCCACCCCUCCUACACACACACACACACACACACACACACACACACACACACACACACACACUCUGACCCACUCACACUUACGCACACAAACAAACACAGUUGCACUUAUCUCUGAGAUUGGCUGUUAAGUCAUACUUACACCAUUGGCUUUUUCUGCCCCUCCCUCGGAGCUAUGCUUUUGUGCAACAUGGAUUGACAUGGUGUUCUUUUAUCUCUCUCUAUCUGUCUCUCUGUCUCUCAGCCAAUCUCUCGGCUCUUGCUUGAAGACACCCCUUUUCCUUCCACUACUACCUGCAAUCCGUAUUUUAAGUGUGUAUUAUUAAAAAGAAAAUAUUUUUAUGAAUUCUUAUUCUUUUAUAAUGAGUGUAAAAUGUAGCAACUCAUUAAAGGACUGCAAAUU